GCAGCCUCCGCCCGGCCUCCCAGGAUGCAGCGCGCUGGCGGGAGGUUUGGAGCAGAUGGAUACUGUAUCCGCGUGGGGCCUCCGGUAUGUUGCCGCUGCGUUGAGGUUUAGAAACAUCAACUGGAAUCAAUUUGCAUUUGAAAAUUAGAUCAGCACAAAGACUUGAUAUUGUGGAAUGACUAGCAAACAAGCAAUGUCAUCUAACGAACAAGAAAGGCUCUUGUGUUAUAAUGGGGAAGUCCUUGUUUUCCAGUUGUCUAAAGGAAAUUUUGCAGAUAAAGAGCCUACAAAAACACCCAUAUUACAUGUCAGAAGAAUGGUAUUUGACAGAGGAACAAAAGUAUUUGUUCAGAAGUCCACUGGAUUUUUUACCAUAAAGGAAGAAAACUCUCAUUUAAAAAUCAUGUGUUGCAACUGUGUGUCAGAUUUCAGAACUGGAAUUAACCUCCCUUACAUUGUGAUAGAAAAAAAUAAAAAGAAUAAUGUUUUUGAAUAUUUUUUACUAAUCCUUCACAGUACUAAUAAAUUUGAAAUGCGUUUGAGUUUUAAACUAGGCUAUGAGAUGAAGGAUGGCCUAAGGGUCCUUAAUGGCCCUUUAAUUUUAUGGAGGCAUGUCAGAGCAUUCUUCUUUAUCUCUUCUCAAACUGGCAAAGUUGUUAGUGUGUCAGGUAACUUUUCCUCUAUUCAGUGGGCAGGGGAGAUUGAAAAUUUAGGUAUGGUUUUAUUGGGACUAAAGGAAUGUUGUUUAUCUGAGGAAGAAUGUACUCAAGAGCCUUCAAAAUCAGAUUAUGCAAUUUGGAAUACCAAAUUUUGUGUAUAUUCUCUUGAAAGUCAAGAAGUAUUAAGUGAUAUAUACAUUAUUCCUCCUGCUUACAGCAGUGUGGUGACUUAUGUACAUAUUUGUGCAACUGAGAUCAUCAAAAACCAGUUAAGAAUAUCUCUCAUUGCCCUUACUCGAAAGAAUCAGCUGAUUUCAUUUCAGAAUGGAACUCCUAAAAAUGUGUGCCAGCUUCCAUUUGGAGAUCCUUGUGCAGUUCAACUUAUGGAUUCAGGUGGAGGAAACCUGUUUUUCGUUGUAUCCUUUAUAUCCAAUAAUGCUUGUGCUGUAUGGAAAGAGAGCUUUCAGGUUGCUGCUAAAUGGGAAAAACUUAGCUUAGUACUGAUAGAUGACUUUAUUGGAAGUGGAACUGAACAAGUACUCCUACUUUUUAAGGACUCCUUGAACUCAGACUGCCUGACUUCAUUUAAAAUAACGGAUCUUGGAAAAAUAAACUAUUCGAGUGAACCAUCGGAUUGCAAUGAAGAUGACUUAUUUGAAGACAAACAAGAGAAUCGUUACCUGGUGGUUCCACCUCUAGAAACAGGACUGAAAGUUUGUUUUUCUUCUUUUCGGGAAUUACGGCAGCAUCUGUUGCUUAAGGAAAAAAUUAUUUCAAAAUCUUACAAAGCUUUAAUAAACCUAGUUCAAGGAAAAGAUGAUAAUACGUCAAGUGCAGAGGAGGAAUGUCUUGUUCCUCUUUGUGGUGAAGAAGAAAAUUCUGUCCAUAUCUUAGAUGAAAAGUUAUCAGACAAUUUUCAAGAUUCAGAACAGCUAGUAGAGAAGAUAUGGUAUCGUGUAAUAGAUGAUAGCUUGGUUGUUGGAGUGAAAACUACAUCUUCUUUGAAGCUGUCCCUGAAUGAUGUGACUUUAUCAUUGUUAAUGGAUCAAGCCCAUGACUCCAGAUUUCGGCUUCUUAAGUGUCAAAAUAGAGUGAUUAAGUUGAGUACAAAUCCUUUCCCAGCACCAUACUUGAUGCCAUGUGAAAUAGGAUUGGAAGCAAAAAGGGUCAAGUUGACCCCUGAUAGCAAGAAAGAGGAAAGCUUUGUUUGUGAACACCCAUCUAAGAAAGAGUGUGUACAGAUAAUUACUGCUGUAACAUCUCUUUCACCACUUUUAGCAUUCAGUAAAUUUUGUUGCACUGUACUGCUACAAAUUAUGGAGAGAGAAAGUGGUAACUGUCCUAAAGAUCGUUAUGUUGUGUGUGGCAGAGUUUUUUUAAGUCUAGAAGAUCUUUCAACUGGGAAGUACCUACUGACAUUUCCAAAGAAGAAACCUAUAGAGCACAUGGAAGAUCUUUUUGCACUUCUUGCAGCAUUCCACAAAUCUUGUUUUCAAAUCACGUCACCCGGCUAUGCCCUGAAUUCAAUGAAGGUGUGGCUCUUAGAACAUAUGAAAUGUGAAAUAAUCAAAGAAUUUCCAGAAGUGUACUUUUGUGAAAGGCCGGGAAGUUUCUAUGGGACACUCUUCACUUGGAAACAGAGAACACCAUUCGAAGGGAUUUUAAUAAUCUAUUCCAGGAAUCAAACAGUUAUGUUCCAGUGCCUUCAUAAUCUCAUCAGAAUUCUCCCUAUAAACUGUUUCCUCAAAAAUCUAAAAUCAGGAAGUGAGAAUUUCCUAAUUGAUAAUAUGGCAUUUACUUUGGAGAAGGAACUAGUCACCCUUGGUUCUCUUUCUUCUGCCAUAGCUAAACAUGAAAGCAAUUUUAUGCAGAGGUGUGAAGUGAGCAAAGGAAAGAGUAGUGUCGUCGCGGCUCCUUUAUCAGACAGAAGGGAAAAUAUCCAUCCCUACAGAAAAGAACUUCAGAGAGAAAAGAAGAAAAUGUUGCAAACGAACCUAAAAGCUUUGGUGUCAGGAUGAUGCUGGCAUCAUAAAAUGAGGUAUAGAGGAUUCCCUCUUUUUCUAUUCAUUGGAAUAAUUUCAGAAGGAAUGGUACCAGCUCCUCCUUGUACCUCUGGUAGAAUUCGGCUGUGAAUCCGUCUGGUCCUGGACUUUUUUUGAUCACAUGUUUUGGGGAAAGCUAGCCAACCUGCCAUGAGGACACUCAAGCAGCCCUAGGAAGAGUCCUACCUUGCAAAGAUCUGAGGCCUCCUGCUAACAGCCAGCAAGGAAUUGAGAACUCCAACUGCCAGCUUUUGGACUGGAAUCAACACCACCAGCUCUCCUGGUUCUCAGGUCUUCAGACUUGGACUGGAACUAUAUCAUUGGCUCUCCUGGAUCUCCAGCUUGCUGACUGCAGAUCUUGGGACUACUCAGCUUCGAUAAUCAUCCACGUUGGAAACCCCAGUCAAGCCUUCAGAUGACUAAAGCCUGAACUGACAUCUUGAUUGCCAAUGUGCAAGAGAUGCUGAGCCAGAACUCCCAGCUAAGCUGCUUCUAAAUUCCUGACCCACAGAAAGUAUGUGAGACAGGAGACAGAAUUCAACUCUAUAUGAGGAUGAACUUUUAACAACUCUGUGACUGAACAUGGAACAUACCACCUUGGAAG